UCGACUGGAGUGGGUAGUAUAUAAGAUCGAAAGUGAGAUCGCCAUAUCGUCGCAACGUCAGGUCGUCGGGCAACUCCGGAGACCCUCGAGCUUGAUCAACCACUAUACCUACGCGAAACAACCCUGAUCACUCUAUUCGCUAUUCGACUCGUUCGGACUACCUAGACAGAUCAAGACAAACAUAUCAUGCUACCCAGAUCCACCGGAACAUCCACUUACAAGCCCCUUCCGACCGAUGCCAACCUGGUCGACCAUGACCACGACCACGACUGGCUGAGGAACGCCGACGACGUGGACAUCGAACGCCAAGCUGGACUUCCGACCUACCCUCCACCUCCCGCCCCGACGAACACGAACGAGACUGUUCAUCCGCCCGGUCUGACUACUUGGACUUACAACCCCGUAUGGCCGAUGAGGGGCGAGAAACAGCGGGCUCUGGGUCCGAUCGCUUCUUCACGGCAGGCAGCGGUCGAACUCACUCGCCGAGCCUUUCCCUCGUUAUGUAACAUUCCAGAUCAAAAGAUCACCUUCGAGGUAUCCCCCGACAAGGACAUGGAACCUUUCGGGCCGAACAUCAUCAUCCUCGACGAUGCGUGGGAAGCGAUGGCCACAAGUCCAGCGAGACCGAUGUUGGUUUCCGUCAGGGAAACACACGAGGAGACCGAGAAGCGAACGGCACACGAGUGGAAAGAGUGGUACAAAGGCGUCGCUACGGUCUUCGGGUGCAUCGCGGGAGUAAUGACGCUCUUCAUAGGCAUGAUCGCUUGGUUGAGCAGCGAUUAGGGCGACGGAAUGGGUCACAAGGGAAGGAGAGCGGCAUUCUGCGGAGAACGAAUGGGCUCCUUGGUCAUCGAGGCGAAAGAACGAGCAGAUCGGGCUGAAGGGCGGCGAGAUGGUGAUACGGGAACCACGAUAUGGUUCGGGUGAAGACAGGGAUAGGACAACCGGCUCGAAGUGGACGACCGGGUGCUGCCAGCUACGAAUGUCUAUCAGAAGAUCCUACGCCCUAGUCGGCAAGGCGCAAGGCGACGAACAGACAAUUCGCCUCGUUUCGGAGGGCGACGCUGAGAAGUUGGGGCAGAGCAGAGGUCAAGCCCCUGCCUGAUCUAGACC